AUGGGCUGCGGCGCAUCUCAACCUGCUCCAAGGGCGGUGGAGCCAAAAGCGCCAGAGAAGGCCCCAUCACCAAGCGGGGGCAGCAUGAGCGGUGCCGCGCCAACCCCCCCAUCGCCCCCGCCGGCGACUAAGCCAUCCACCCCUCCCAAGCCGCCGACAGCGCCAACUUCACCGCCUUCUCGGAAGGCAACCAAUUCAGAAUCCGUGAAAGGAGAUCCGACAGAAACCAAGCCUGAGGCAAAGGCGCCACCGUCAAAGGCACCCUCCAUGGCCUCAAGCCGCGCUGCCUCCACCGCCAGAAAGGAGCAGGAGGCCGCAGCAGCUGCAGCGGCAGAGGCGGCGGCUGCAGCCGCCAAGGCAGCCAAUGAGGCGGAAGCGGCAAAGGCGGCUCGCCUGGCGCAGCUGGCGGCGGAGGCGCAAGCGGCGCGGGACGAGGCGACCGCAGCGGCAGCGGCGCAAGCCGCGGCGCGCGCCGUCGCCGGCCUGGCGCUGCUGCACAUGUACGGCGAUCUGCUGCGUGAUGCGCCGCCGCCGCCAGCUGCCGCCGCGGCGGCGGCAGCCGCCACUGGCGGCGCCGCCGGCGGCGCCGCCGCCGGCAUGGGUCUCCACGCUGCGACGUCAGCCUUCCGCGACCUGGUCGCCGCCAUGUCGGCGUUCGCGCGGCCGUACUGCGGCCGUGGAUGUGUACUGCACAUGCUGGCGGCGGACGCGGCGGCGGAGCGGGCGGCGUUUGAGAAGCUGGUUUCGGAGAUGACAACGUUGGCCGACGACCUCAUGAAUCGGGCGACAGGCAGUCGCGGCUGGGACAAGGUGCCGCAGUCGCUGUCGGGACGAGCGGACGAUGCACUGCUGGUGCUGCGCCUGGGACCGUCGUACACGCAGCCCGAGUUGCGGCUGCUGUGGCGCGUCUCCUUCGGCAGCGCUACCGAGGUGUCCUGGGAGUCCUGGUGGGGGGUGUUUCCCGCCGGUAUCGCCAAGCUGCCGGGACUGGGUAUGGGGCCGCUGGCGGAGAAGCUGGGCGGCAUGCUGGCAGAGGGCCUUUUUGGAUUCGGCUCUGGUUAUUCAGGAGCUGAGCCUGGGAUCCAAAAUAAGCAAGGAGCUGAAUCUGCAAAAGCCGCCUUCCAGCGCCACGUCCUCGCCGCUAACAAUGUCGUACCCGUGGCGGGCCGCGGCGUGGAGGCGGAGGCGGGAAUCAGCGCCUACGCGCUGGCGGCGGCGUUCGGGGCGCCGCUGACGGAGGCAGCGGCGGCGGGAUUCGAUGACCUGGCGGGGGAGGUGGCGGCGGCGCUGGCGGCGGCGGCGGUGCCGGUGGAGGGGCCGUACCAGUUGCCGCCGCUGCCGCAGCUGCAUGUGCCGCGGGAGGACCUGUCGGAGCGGGUGGCGGCGGCGCUGCAGGGGGGUGGCGGCGGCGGUGGAGAAGGGCGAGCGGACGGCAAGUGCAGGGCUGUUUGUCUGGUGGGACCCCCCGGCAUGGGCAAGACCACUCUGGCCAUUGAGGCGGCCUGGCGGCUGGUGAAGGCAGGGGCUGCUCAAGGGGGUGUGGUGUGGGUGGACCUGGCGGGGGCGAGGACGUGGCAUGACGUGGAGGCGAGGAUCAUGGCCGCCCUGGGGCUCUUGAAGGACAACUCGGACGGCCGUCCCCGCAUUGUCUCCACCCUCCGCGCCUGCUGCUCGGGCUCCCGGCCGCUGCUGCUGGUGGUGGACACCAUUGACAAUGCCCUGCGGCAGCCCGGUGCAGCUGACGGCCUGUGGGGGCUGCUGGGGGCGGUGGUGGAGGGGUGUGCGGGGGUGCGGCUGCUGCUGGCCUCCGCGGCACCGGUGUCUCUGGGGGAGGGGGCAGAGGUGACGACGGUGGAGGAUAUCGAGGCCCUGGGCACCAACUCAGCGCGCCCCCACGCCUCCUCCCCCCUCUCCUCAGCGGGGUUUGCGGAGAUCACGGUGGGGGUUAUUGCGGGGUGCCUCACGGCGCUGCCGACCGCGCACCAGGUGGGCCUUGUGGCCAAUCGUGCCUACAAGGUGGAGAUGGCCAACGUAUACAGGGUGCAUGCACUGGCUCUAACCGCCCAGGGCAAAUUCGAGGAGGCUCAGGCGCACGGCAACAUGUGCAUACACCUGCGCUCCGAAGCCGCCCGGAAGAACCCCAACUCCCCCGCAAUAGCCUCCGCCAACAUGUGCCUGGCGGCGUCGUACGUGGGUAUGCGGCUGUACGGCGAUGCGGAAGAGCUGCUGCGACAGGCGGUGGAUAUUUGCGUGGCGUACGACGACGCUAAAACACUGUACGACACCGCCGCCGCCGCGGCGCUGCGCGUCUUUGGCGAGUUCCACGCCGCCACCGCCGCCGCCAUCUCAGGCGCCGCCACCUGUGCAGAUGGGUUGGCGGCGGCGACGGCGGCGGCGGCGGCUGCAGCUAGCGCAGGGGGCGACCUGGCGGCUGCAGCCAAGGCGCAAGAGGCUCAGCACGACCGCGCGGCGGCGGUGCUGGCGGCGCUGUCGUUAGAGACGGUGGACGCGGCAGCGGCGGCGUACGGCAGGGCCCGUAACUACACGCUCCAAAGUCGGCAUAAAGAGGCGGAGGUGCAGUACAGGCGAGCGGUGGACCUGUACGGCAAGACGCAGGCCCGGGAUCAGCAGGUCCGCGUGUUGGGUACUCAGGCUCACCCCGAGGCGGCCUCCAUCGCCCGGCAGCUGGCAGCAGCAGCCAUGGCCACACAGCGGUACGCGGCUGCAGAGCCGCUGUGCCGCCAGGCCCUGGCCAUGGCGCAGCACGGGAUGGGCAUGGAGAGCAAGGAGGCCGCCGCCGCGCUCUCCGAGUACGCUCGCUGCAUGGUACUCCAGGGGCGCCACCCCGCCGCCGAGCCGCUGCUACGACAAGCCCUGGAUCUGAGAUCCAAGACGGACGGGGAGGCCGCCGCCGCCACCGCCACCGCCAGAGUCGCUUUGGCGGAUUGCCUGGCGGCGCAACAAGACGUAGCGGGGGCGGAGCCACACUAUCGUAAGGCCCACGAAGCCCUGGCUGCGCUUGCGGCGGCGGCCGCCGGGCCGUCGUCAUCAUCGUCGGCGGUGGCGCGUGAGGCGGCUUUGGCGGCGGCGGCGGCGGCUCACGGGCUGGGCGUGUCAUUGGUUUCCCAGUCCAAGGCAGGAGAGGCAGAGGGGGUGUUGAAGGAGGCGCUGGAGACGAGGAGGAAGUACUUGGGGGCGGCCACGAAGCGGGUGCAAGGUGAGGCUCACCCAGAUGCGGCCACUUCGCUUAACCACCUGGCUACGUGUCUGCAGGCUGUGGCCCUGUUCCAGUCAGCUUUGGGUGAGGGCCACCCAAACAGCGCCCUGGCCACCAACACACUGGGUCUAGUGCUGCUGGGCCAGGGCAAGGCGGCGGAGGCGGUGACGGUGCUGGAGGCGGCGAUGACGGGGAUGUCGGCGAACCUUAUUUCCUGCAAGCGGGGUGUCGCGCAGGCUAUGAAGCCUGUGGUUAUCGCCCCCGUGUCGCUGCGGUUGGCGGGUCGCAGAGCUCCGCGCAUUGUAUGCGAAGCUACCGCUGCCUCACCUGCGCCAGUUGCGCCAAAGGCCGAGACAACUCCCGCUGCUGCCCCGGUGCCAACAAAUGGUUCUCCAGUUGCUCCCGUUAAGAAGGAGCGUCCUCCUGUCGCGGAUGAUCAGCUUGCGCAGCUGAAGGCACAGCUAAAGCGAUCUCAAGAAGCUCAGCACAAGUACGCGACCUUUACUCAGGCCCAGGUGGAUGAGAUUUUCCGGAGCGCUGCUGAGGCCGCCAACGCUGCCCGUAUUCCUCUAGCCAAGAUGGCCGUGGAGGAGACUCGGAUGGGAGUUGUUGAGGACAAGGUUGUAAAGAAUCACUUCGCGUCGGAGUUCAUCUAUAACAAGUACAAGAACACGAAGACUUGCGGCGUGAUUGAGGAGGAUGAGGCUGGUGGCAUUCAGAAGGUGGCUGAGCCCGUUGGCGUCAUUGCCGGUAUCGUGCCAACCACCAAUCCCACCUCGACCGCCAUCUUCAAGGCGCUGUUGUCGCUCAAGACACGCAACGCGCUCGUGCUGUGCCCGCACCCGCGCGCUGCAAGGUGCACCAUUGCCGCCGCUAGGAUUGUGCGCGAUGCCGCCGUUGCUGCUGGUGCCCCUUCGGACAUCAUCAGCUGGGUGGAGAGCCCCUCGCUGCCGGUGUCGCAGGCGCUGAUGCAGGCUCCGGAGAUCAGCCUCAUUCUCGCUACUGGCGGACCGGCCAUGGUGCGGGCCGCCUACUCCUCCGGACACCCCUCCCUGGGUGUGGGCGCGGGCAACACACCCGCGCUGAUCGACGAGACGGCCGACGUCAAGAUGGCCGUCAGCUCUAUCAUGCUGUCCAAGACAUUCGACAACGGUGUCAUUUGCGCUUCGGAGCAGUCAGUGGUGGUGGUGGGCAAGGUGUACGACGAGGUACGCGCGGAGUUCAUCCGGCGCGGCGCCUACUUCCUCAACGAGGAGGAGAAGGCCAAGGUCCGUUCUGGCGUCUUGAUUGACGGCAAGCUCAAUCCCAACAUUGUGGGUCAGUCCAUUCCCAAGCUUGCUGAGCUGUUUGGCAUCAAGGUGCCGGAGGGCACCCGCGUGCUGAUCGGCGAGGUGGAGGCUUGGGGCGAUACCGAGCCGCUGUCGCAGGAGAAGCUGUGCCCCAUCCUUGCCAUGUACAAGGCGCCAUCCUUCGAGCAGGCCGUUCAGCUUUCGCACAGCCUGAUCAUGUACGGCGGCGCCGGUCACACCAGCGUGCUAUACACCAACCCGCUGAAUAAGGCUCACAUCGAGCUGUUCGAGUCCACGGUCAAGACCGGCGCCAUCGGCGACCUGUACAACUUCCACCUGGAUCCCUCGCUGACCCUGGGAUGCGGCACCUGGGGCUCCACCUCGGUCUCCAACAACGUGGGGCCGCAGCACCUGAUCAACAUCAAGACCGUCACUUCGCGCCGCGAGAACAUGCUCUGGUUCCGAGUGCCGCCCAAGAUUUACUUCAAGGGCGGUUGUCUGGAGGUCGCCCUGCGCGACCUGGUGGGCAAGAAGCGUGCCUUUGUCGUCACCGACAAGCCGCUGUUCGAUUUGGGCUUUGCGGACAAGGUCUUCUACCACGUGACCCCAGAUCCAACGCUGGCCUGCAUCAACGCCGGCUUGAGCGAGAUCCUGGAGUUCAAGCCCGACGUGAUUAUCGCUCUGGGUGGUGGCUCGCCCAUGGACGCGGCAAAGAUCAUGUGGUUGAUGUACGAGUGCCCGGAGACCCGGUUCGAUGGCCUGGCGAUGCGCUUCAUGGAUAUCCGCAAGCGCGUUUACGAGGUUCCGGAGCUGGGCAAGAAGGCCACCAUGGUGUGCAUCCCCACCACCAGCGGCACCGGCUCCGAGGUGACGCCCUUCUCCGUGGUUACGGAUGAGCGAUUGGGAGCCAAGUACCCUCUGGCCGAUUACGCUCUGACGCCCAACAUGGCGAUCGUGGACCCUCAGCUGGUUCUCAACAUCCCCAAGAAGCUCACCGCCUGGGGCGGCGUUGACGCGCUCACCCACGCCUUGGAGAGCUACGUGUCCAUCUGCGCGACAGAGUACACUCGCGGCCUGUCCCGCGAGGCCAUCUCGCUGCUGUUCAAGUACCUGCCGCGGGCCUAUGCCAACGGUGCGAACGACUACGAGGCGCGUGAGAAGGUGCACUACGCGGCCACCAUCGCCGGCAUGGCCUUCGCAAACGCGUUCCUGGGCAUUUGCCACUCCAUGGCGCACAAACUGGGCGCCGCCUUCCACGUGCCUCACGGUCUUGCCAACGCGGCCCUCAUCAGCCACGUGAUUCGCUACAACGCCACCGACAUGCCCGCCAAGCAGGCGGCCUUCCCGCAGUACCAGUACCCCAACGCAAAGCACCAUUACGCGGAGCUGGCGACCAUGCUCAACCUAGGUGGCGAGACGGACGACGAGAAAGUAAUUAAGUUGAUUGAGGCUGUUGAGGAUCUCAAGAGGAAAGUUGACAUUCCGGCUACCAUCAAGGAGAUUUUCAACGACCCGGCCAAGGACGAUGAGUUCCUGCAGCGGGUGGACAUGCUUGCGGAGGACGCUUUCGAUGAUCAGUGCACGGGCGCGAACCCGCGCUACCCGCUCAUUGCCGAUCUAAGGCAGAUGCUCCUGGACGCUCAUCAUGCGCCAAUUCUGCCCCUGAAGUCUCUGGAGUUCUUCAGCAAGGUUUAA